GCCUUCGUCCCGCCGCCGCCGCCGCCGCCGCGACACACUGAACUGAUACCUCGGGGACCCCUCCUUUACCUUGGACUUCGAUUUUACAACGUCACUCCCGGUUUAGUCGCCGCCCCGGCUUCGUUUCUCUUUUUUUUUUUUUUAGCAGCAGUUGUUGGUAGAGGCGGACCCUUGCCGCUCCGCCAGAUUGUCAAGAUGGUGGACGCAGAAGCGAACGUACCAACAUGGAAGUUCACCCAGUGCUUCGGUGAUAAGGGAGAUGUGGAGGACAUCACAGAAGCCGAUAUUAUCUCCACUGUCGAGUUCGACCACACGGGCAACUAUCUAGCAACGGGUGAUAAGGGCGGCCGUGUGGUUCUGUUUGAGCGUAAUGAGACAAAAAAGACUUGCGAGUACAAGUUCCACACUGAGUUCCAGUCGCACGAGCCCGAGUUCGAUUAUCUCAAAUCGCUGGAGAUAGAGGAGAAGAUCAACAAGAUCAAGUGGUGUCGGCGACAAAACGCCUCUCACUAUCUUUUGUCGACAAACGAUAAGACCAUCAAGCUCUGGAAGGUGUUUGAGAAGUCCCUCAAGGUUGUGGCGGAAAACAACCUGUCCCACGACCUCACCCCGGCAAACAUAGCUGGUGGAGGCGGGGCCCCCCGGUCGCUUCCCGGCGCCCAUUUCCGCAACGCCAGCGACCUAAAGCUCCCGCGGAUGACCCACCACGAUACCGUGGUGGCCGCUGUUCCCCGACGGACGUAUGCUAAUGCCCAUGCGUACCACAUAAACAGCAUCUCGGUGAACAGCGACGGAGAGACAUUCAUCAGCAGUGAUGACUUGCGCAUCAACCUGUGGAACCUCAACAUCCAAGACCAGAGUUUCAACAUUGUCGACAUUAAGCCGGCAAACAUGGAAGAGCUGACCGAGGUGAUCACCGCGGCCGAGUUCCACCCGAUGAGCUGCAACUGGUUCAUGUACGCGAGUUCCAAGGGGACCAUCAAGCUGGCCGACAUGCGGCAGAGCGCCCUGUGUGACCAACAUGCCAAGAUGUUCGAGCAGGAAGAAGACCCCUCUUCGAGGUCGUUCUUCUCUGAGAUCAUCUCGUCCAUCUCGGAUGUCCGCUUCUCGUACGAUGGCCGUUACAUCCUCUCGCGCGAUUACCUGACGGUCAAGAUCUGGGACGUGAACAUGGAAAGACAACCCAUCAAGACCAUCCCGAUUCACGAGCACCUUAGGCCAAGGCUCUGUGACACGUAUGAGAACGACAGCAUAUUUGACAAGUUCGAGGUGGUAUUUUCUGGCGAUGGCAAGAACGUCAUGACGGGAAGUUACAACAACAACUUCAUGAUCUACCCAUCAGACCCUGAGCAGGAGGUGGAAGUAGUACUCCAGGCCGAUAAGUCGGCUUUCAAGGCUAAGAAGGUUGGGGUGCCGACACCCAUCAACUCGGCCACGAGCCCAACUGCGAACGGGAAGAAGGGUGGCUCACGGGCGGGGAGCCCAGCGGCGCCAGGACAAGGCCAGAGGAUGCGGAAGGAAACUGAUGCCGACCAGAUCGACUUCAACAAGAAAAUCCUGCACAUGAGCUGGCAUCCCUUUGAAGACAGCAUUGCGAUUGCGGCGACAAAUAAUGUGAGAGCCAACUUCAGGCCGAUGAGCCAUUCUGGGCAGUUUACAGUCCGCUAACACGAUGCUCUAGCUCUUCGUCUUCUCUGCCUUGUAGAGAGAUACUCACUCUACAUCACAGAGGAGAGAGGCGUUUCUGUGCGACGCUCUCUGACUUGACUACAGUGCUGUAGAGGCUAAGGCAUCCUGACAUAUCCUGGCUUUCAUC